AUGCUAAGAGUGUCCCCGCAGGGCCUCACUCGACUGCUGCUAUGUGCGACCCCUCCGCCUCCGGUAGCUCGCAGACACGCACACGCACACGCCGUCGCGCACCUUCUCCGCCAACGCGAAUCACCGCCCCAUUCGAAUAUUGGGACUGGUCGCCAAGUCCCGGACACGCCUGCUGCUCCUCCGACCCCGAAACUGGCGCUGAGCGAAUACGAAGCGACGUUCAGAAGCGCAGAAAAAGACAUGCAGCCGCCGCGCGAGAUUCCCGGGCCGGAUGUGCCAGUGGAGGAGUCGGGCGAGGUUUCGUUGGCGUCCAAACUCAUGCAACGGAAGAAACCCACUGCUCCCUCGCAAGAGAGCGUGACCCAGGACGAAGUGGACACAGCCGAACCAGCCACUUCACAGGACGUCCCGGCUCCCGACUUCGACCCUCUGCACUGGCAUGGGAGGUUUCGCGCUCGCUCGCUAGCCGAGCGCCACAAGGGCAAGGACCCGACCACAUGGGUAGCACCAUUACGGGGUGCUCGAGUCUUGCGCCAACACCUUCACGCUCACGCCUAUCUCAAGAGUCUGGCCUCGUUAGAGGAGAAGUUGUUAGAAGACGGCGAAAACAAGACUACACUCCUCAAUUACCCUGCGCUCAACGUGCCUGCGAUGAUAAACUACCUCGAGAGUCUACCAGCAGACAUGAUACCCGACACAUACAGAGCGCACAGUCUACGCAUGACUCUUCUGUCUCAAAUCGCCCUAACAAACUCGCCGACGAUGGCCUGGGACUCCUACCAUCUUCUCACCCUUCUCCCGCACCGAGACGGCGUUCCCAUCGAACACCUGCAUCGACUGUCGCGCCUUCUUGCGAAGCAGCAGCCACGCACGCGACGGGUCUUUCUUCGCAUCCUCUCUGUGUUACGGGCGAUCCACGCCGCGGGAGGGAUUGUAAGGAGAUGGCAGUGGAACCUCCUCCUAGAUGCUGCAGGCGAGGGUACGCGAAAGGUCCACCUAGAGGACUUCCGCACGGCCCUGGACAUCCUGGACGACAUGCGUGGCGGGAGAGCGCCCGGGGAGACUUUCCUCUCUGCCGGCCGCGCCGGACGUGUCGACAACCUCACCUUUUCUCCCGACGACCACGACGACUUGGAUCACCUCGAAGACGACGUGUUGCAACAAGGCGAGCGCACUCAACAUGUGGACCCGGAACGCCAACCCGACCAUUGGACGCACACCACGCUUCUCGCUCUUGCAGCGCGCACGCGUGAUCGCCGUGCUCUUCGUCGGGCGUCGGCCUUACACUCCACGACCCCAUCUACCCAUGUCACGCAUCUCGUGCUCUUAUCAUUAUUCGCCAAACGUCAGGACUGGUCUGCUGUACGCGGCGCACUGCGGCGGAUCGGUCCACUCACACAGAAGGCUUUUGGCACGACAUUGUGGGCGUUUGCCAGCGCAGGGCGAACUGACGUUGCGGAGCGCAUGUAUAUGGUCUGCCGGGCAAGAGGUCAGGAGAGAAAGCGGUUGCAUCAAGAGCUGGUGGACAGCGAGCAUAUGCUGGUGACGAAGGUUGUGCGGCCGAAUGCCGCGGUGUACCAUGCGCUUAUCCAGGCUUACGCCUACCACGGAGACCUUGCGCGCUGUCUGAGAACGUUUCAAGACAUGCUCGUUGACGGAACACUGGUAUCUGACACCGGAUCCUCCACAUUUGAGCCGACCAUGACGGCGUAUCGUGCGAUAUUCUUGGGCUUUUAUCGGCAUGGCGAUGCGUCCAUGACACCUGAUGCUGUGUGGACUCUCCAACGCCUGCUACCUAUCUUUCACCGUUUUCUGGACCUACCGCCGGACGCGAAGCCCAAACGCACCCUGAUGUUUUGGAUCCUGUCGGCAUUGUGGCGGACUAGUGGACGGGACGCGGACGUAGUGUUGGAUGCUGUCGAGAAGUUGCAGGCGAGGUUCGGUGGAGGGGGCAGGUGGACUGGUCGGUUGGAAAGGAUGCGGGUUAUGGUGGAGGAUGUGGCUCAGGCUGGGGCCGGAGAGAAGAGCGGGAGGUGGGAGAUGGAGGGAGAUAGCGGUACACCACAAUAA